AUGCUCGAUUAUAUUAAAGAAGUUACACAAGGUUUAUCAAAAAUGAGUAUCAAUAGAAUUCGUCGUGCUUCAAUUGAAAAAGACGAAUGGGAUGCUCUAAAAGCAUUUGAAAAUGUUGCACCAGAACAACAAAAAAUCUAUGCUAAAACCUUCUGUAAAUCAGCAUUAAAAGCCUAUGAAAAGAAAAAGAAAAAUUUUGAUUUGGUUGCUGCACACAUAUCAUCAUAUGAUAUAAUACCGAAAAUCUUACAACAAGAUGAUGUUUUUAAUCUUCUAGUAGACGAAAAUUCACUUUCAAGUGAACAAGUCCAGGACAAUAAAGAAAACAUACAUAAGAUAUCAAGAGAUUUUCGUCUUAAAGCAACAGAACUCUAUCUGAAAAUCGUCAAAGAAGAAUUUGAAUUUGACAAAGAAAGAUUAGAAAAACUUCUUGAAGAUUUUCCACAAGAUAGUGAUGAAGUGCUACCAUUAACACAAAUUGUUAAUGAUGAAGAACCUUUUGAUGAUGAGGAAAAUAUUAAUAAUAAUAACGACGACGAUGAAGAAGAAGAAAUAUUUACUCAAAGACCACUACCGCCAAGACGGAAAAGAAAAUUUGAUGAUUACAAAGAGAAAGCUCAAGCAUAUAUGAUCAAAACUAAAGCAUAUCAAGAUUUGGGUACCAAUAAUCUACUUGAAUCUCUGGUCGAACGUACGAAUGAGUUCAUUUUUGGUUUAUGGUACAAUAAACAUAUAACACAAAAACAAUAUGAGAAAUUAAAGGUUAAUAAAGAAGAAGCUGAAUUAGCUCACCUUUAUUUCUUACCAAAAUCACAUAAACCAGGAACACCACUAAGACCUAUAAUGUCUGGUCUUAAAUCUCCUACUAUAGCUAUAUCGAGAUGGUUAGAUAGUCUUCUAAGACCUCUAUUCGAUCGAUUAGCAAGCGAGAAUACUAUCGAAAAUGGAACUCAAUUAAUUAAACAAGUUGAAAAAUGGAAUGCAAGAUUUCUCGUCUCGUUUCCAUAA